UAUUUUGCUUCACCGUGGGUCUUCAGCCUUGAUGAGACGGUCCUUGAUCAAGAAUUUUAAUCAUUGUUCUUGCACGAACGGUGCUUUGCUUAGAUUGUGUGGACCUAAGCUCUGCUUAGAUUGUAAGGUUUCAUUCAAAGAAGAACAAAAUCAUCAUACUGCAGUUAGCCAUGUCAACUGUGUCAGAUACAUCUUUGAGAAAUGGCUCCUUAGGAAAUAACAGUUUUAGGAGUGAAUCAUUUUCAGAAGAGAAAGACAUGGGUCUUGUACGGGAGGCUGGUUGUUUAUCCAUAAUCGUGCUUGGUGCUUCUGGUGACCUUGCCAAGAAGAAAACAUUUCCUGCACUCUUUCACCUUUUUCAGCAGGGAUUCUUACAAGAGAAUGAUGUGCACAUAUUUGGUUAUGCUCGGACAAAGCUUUCAGAUGAUGAUUUAAGAGAACGCAUCCGUGGAUACCUUGGCAAAGUUGUGUCAACUGAAAAUGUAGAGAUUCUAUCGAAGUUCUUGCAAUUGAUUAAAUAUGUCAGUGGCUCAUAUGACAGUGAGGAAGGUUUUCAACUGUUGGAUAUGCAAGUUUCAGAGCAUGAGACAUCAAAAAAUUCCCAACCAGGAACCUCUCGCAGGCUAUUUUACCUGGCACUUCCUCCAUCUGUAUAUCCUUCUGUCUGCAAAAUGAUAAGAAGACAUUGCAUGAACCAGUCUGAUCUUGGUGGGUGGACACGCAUUGUGGUUGAGAAACCUUUCGGAAAAGACUUGGAAUCUGCAGAAGAUUUAAGUGCCCAGCUUGGAGAGUUAUUUGAUGAAAAACAACUUUACCGAAUUGAUCACUACCUGGGAAAGGAGUUGGUUCAAAACUUGCUGGUGCUUCGUUUUGCAAACCGCUUCUUUAUGCCUCUUUGGAAUCGUGAUAACAUCGAUAAUAUACAGAUUGUAUUCAGGGAGGACUUUGGAACUGAAGGGAGAGGAGGAUAUUUUGAUGAAUAUGGAAUCAUUCGUGAUAUCAUUCAAAAUCAUUUGCUACAGGUCCUUUGUUUGGUUGCCAUGGAGAAACCUGUUUCACUAAAGCCUGAGCACAUUCGGGAUGAAAAAGUGAAGGUUCUUCAGUCAGUGCUACCAAUAAAACCUGAAGAGGUAGUCCUUGGACAGUAUGAGGGCUACAAAAAUGACCCAACCGUUUCUGACAGUUCUAACACUCCUACAUUUGCAACUGCCGUUCUGCGUAUACACAAUGAAAGAUGGGAAGGUGUUCCUUUUAUUCUCAAGGCGGGAAAAGCUUUGAAUUCUAGAAAAGCAGAAAUACGUGUUCAAUUUAAGGAUGUUCCUGGGGAUAUCUUUAAAAGUAAGAAGCAAGGGAGAAAUGAAUUUGUCAUUCGCCUGCAACCAUCAGAAGCCAUGUAUAUGAAACUAACAGUCAAGAAACCCGGACUACAAAUGUCAACUAUACAGAGUGAGCUAGAUUUGUCUUAUGGUCUAAGAUAUCAAGACGUCAAAAUCCCGGAGGCCUAUGAACGGUUAAUCUUAGACACAAUAAGGGGCGACCAGCAACAUUUUGUGCGCAGAGAUGAACUGAGAGUCGCAUGGGAGAUAUUCACUCCUCUUCUACACAGCAUCGACGAGGGACAACUGAAGCCCAUUUCAUAUAAACCAGGCAGCCGUGGUCCAGCAGAGGCAGAUGAGUUACUUGCCAAAGCUGGAUAUGUGCAAACACAUGGCUACAUAUGGAUUCCACCUACCCUUGCAUAAUUUGCACUCGUUAGUUAGGUAACCCCUUUCGCGACCUACAUACGCCUCACUAUAAUAGUAUCUUUCAACAAACAAUCUACUUCCUACCUUGCCCUUGAGCCUGCGUGUGUAAUAUGCACCAAAAGCCAUGAUGCAUGUUUUGCAUCAAAUGACAUGGCUUUCCUUGCGAGCGUGUCUCGUGCUUAUGCUUGUACUACACCAUGCCCUCGAUUUUUGAUAUAAAUAAACUGUUUUCUCCUUCUUGGAA